UGGCAUUAUCUGCGAAACUAAAUUUCUUUACUUGGGUUAGCUUUACAUUUGCGUUUUGUACACUUCCGGGAGAAAGGUCUAAGUGAAAAUGAUGUCAAAACAACGAAACUAGCUCUGAGUCACCGGAAUUGUAAUGUAACACAGAUGAUCCUUGUGCUAUUGACAAAAGAUAUCACCCUUACUUGUGUGACUACAAGAAGAAAACAUAAAAUACUCAACAAAAGGGAGAUUAUAUAAGACUUCCAAACCCUUGGGAAGAGGGUUUUAUGAAGAGAAACUUCCGUCAUGGUCACUCAUACAACAAUACAGAAAUAUAAGCAGAAUUACUUUGCUUUAUGUUUGACAGGGUUGUUUGGGUGUAAGUGGCAUAGAUACAAACAAUCCAGGAGAUACAGCAAAAAGGCUGACAUAGCAUGGUUUGCCGUCCUUCUGCUGUCUUUCCUCUUCAUCACAUUUUGGUUUUAUUACUGGUUAAUUACAGAGAAUGAUAGCAACUCAUUUGAUUGGUUUUUAUACAGCAAAACAAAAGUAUGGAUUCCGUGGUACCUCAUUAUAAUUAUUUUAACAAGCCUCUCAUUUGGCUACUUGGCUUUCCUCAUGCUCUUGGCCAUGUGUCAUAUAGUGAUAGGGCACCAGAUCUACAUGCACCACUGCCACCGUGCCCUGGUUGUGACCAUAGUUGUGGUAGGUGUGAUUGUGGCCAUUGCGUUAGGUGUGAUGGGGAAAGCAGAUUUCACAAGAAUGAUGGAAGUCCUCACACUGGACCUGUCCUUCCAGAUCACAGGGCCGUGGCUGCAUAUUGGUGCUGUAGUACUUAUGACAGGAAUGUCCUGGAUAGUGGCAGAGCAGUGGAUGUAUUGGAACAAAACGGGACUGAAGAUAUUUUGGCUGCUGGUGUAUAUAGUUGUUAUGGUGGGCCUGUACAUAGUCCCUGUAUUUAUCCAGUCACCUUGUAUUGGAGAUAGUUCCACUCUGCCUGAUAAACCCAUGGUUAUGGCACACAGGGGAGCUGCUGCAAUCUCUCCAGAGAAUACACUGAGGGCAUUUAGGAGAUCUGCGGAUUUUGGAGUCUUGGGGUUCGAGUCUGAUGUCAGGGUGAGUCGUGAUGGUGUUCCAUUCCUAAUGCAUGAUAAAACUUUACGGAGAACCACAAAUGUCGCUGAAGUUUUCCCGGACAGAAAAGACGAAUUGGCAGAGAACUUCACAAUCUCAGAGUUGGAACAAUUGAAUGCUGGGGCAUGGUUUAUGAAGCAAAACCCCUUCCACACAGUUUCAAGUCUCAGUGAAAGCACAAAGGAGCUGUACACCAACCAAACCAUUCCUACUCUCCUACAACUCUGCACAUUAGCCAGGCUGCUGAACAAAACAGUGAUGUUUGAUCUCCGGGUGGAAUCUGAAGACCAUCCAUACUAUAAUACUUCUGUUAAUGUCACAGUUGAUGCUAUAAUGAAAUCAAAAAUACAGCCAAGUAUGGUAUGGUGGCUAAGUAACACCACCAAUAAUACCCAGUACCCUGCUGACUUCACCACAGUCUAUCCAAUAAAGGGGAAGUCCCCGUCUGUGGAGCAUCUCCAAAAAGAGGGGAUUCACAGGGUGAACUCUCAAUAUGUGCUUACACAGGAAGAAAUCAGUACAUAUGCCAGUCACAAUAUCAGCAGCAAUGUGUAUGUGGUGGACAGUCCGUGGUUGUUUUCACUGUUCUGGUGUAUGGGAACCGCGUCUGUGACCACCAACAUGUGCCACGUGUUCGCACAGAUGGACAGGCCUUCCUGGUAUAUUAGUCCACAGAGCUAUCUGAUCAUCUGGGUGCUGACCGAUGUUAUCUCCGCCAUCCUUGUCAUAACCUUCUUCAUUAUCCAGAGGUUCAGAAGUCGAGUUCGUAUUUUUGAACUCCAACAUGCGCCCACCUAGAAUCCAAGCACCUUUUUCCUUUCUUUAUAUUUACAUGGCAUUUUCCUACCUUGUUACUUAGUUUAUACAGCACCUUGUUGCCUAACUUUGUCCACACCUUGUUGCCUAACUCUUUCUGCACCUUGUUGUUCUUUACAUACCCAAAUGUUGUUGCUUAACCAGCACUGUAGUUACCUGCUAGUUGAUGUCUGGUGCAUUGAAUGCCUGUGGCUAGUAGUUUUCUGUGUUUAAAUUAUUACCUGACUAAUAUAAUUCUUCAUAUUUUCCCUCUCUUUCCUCGUAUAGCACAUUAUUUAGUUACACUCAACUGUUGUAAUGGCUGUGAAGUAGAGUGAUAUGUGAAGGAGUUUUUUGUUUUUUAAUCAAGUUGGGGUUCUCCUUGGGAUACAGAAGUUAUCUGAAAUGGAUGAUAGAAGUGAUGUUUAACUGUGAGACAGGAAACUGCCUGAUAAUUACAAUUCCAGUUCUUCAUUGGCCACCUUGAGCUGAGAGAAGCAAACAUAAGGAAACUCUUGCCAUUGUUUUUGGGCAAACAUUAAUAUGUCCAUCUUGUUGACAGUUUUUAAGAGUUUUUUCCAAACUCUCCCCUCUAUCUGUUACAGUUCCUGCUGUGUCUUACCUCUCCAUCCUGUUAUCCUUCUGUUCCUCCCACUUUGCCCUCUUUUGUAAUAAAUCUUUACUUUGCUUGCCAUUGGCAAUGAAAAUGACCACCAGACCUUUUUAUUUCUUGAUAAUCAUAAACUGAUGUUUCCGUUUUGUGAGAGAAAACUUAAACUUUUGUGCUUAAACUUUUGUGAAACAAAUUCUUUAACUUUAUCAUGCAGGGUUUGAAGCCCCUCUCCCUCUUGAAACCUCACUACAGAUUAAACAAUCUGUUUGUUUCUAUCUUGUUGUCAUUAACAAAAAGCUAGUAGUGCUUGUUGUGGUAAGUGAUAUGUAUUGAUUGUGCCAGGUGGCUCUUUCACAGAAGAGUGUGUUAGGUGAGACGAGAGGAUUGUGUCCUGGGCAGUUGUGCAAUACAUCAAGGAAUUUCUUUUAAAUUAAACAUAUCAUAGGUUGCAAUCAGAUGACAAUGCUCAUUUCCCCCCUCACCUUAAAAACUCCCCAAGACAAGAUGAACAUAUGAACAAAGCUUAAUCUCCCCUCCAAUCACUUCUCCAUAAU